AUGAAAGACGAAUCUGAUCUCGAUAUGCUCUUCUACGACGGUCCAGACUCUUCUGACAGCCAAGAAGUCUUUGAACCGGUCGGCCCUCAACUCAGCCGCCCGGACAAGCAUCAUGGCGUUAUUACGCAAAUUGAAGCAGUUUUCGAGACCAUAGCGGAUGCUCUCCUCAACGAAAGAGCUGAUGUCGCUAUCUCACUCACCUCUCCUUCCUCGAGUAUACCGCGAGACACAUCUGCCCGAAUAUCGAAAGCAGUAUUCAGCUUUCCUGGAAAGGCUGCCAACGACGCGUGGAGAUUCUCCGUGGUUGUCCGAAUCCUCGAACUCGUACAUGAGUCGCUCUUGGACGGUGUCACCUUGACUAAGCGGCAUGUGAGCGACCUAUACUAUCGCGAUCCUGCUUUAUUUGGCAGACAAUCUACUGUAGACCGCUAUGUUGAUCAAAUUGCUGCUGCCCUCUCGGUACCUAGAUCAUAUCUCAAUGUGACUGCUGGUGUGAAAGGCCUUAUGGCCGGCGCUGUUGUAAUCAAUCGCCGAGACGGUUCGAAAAUCGAUCUUGCCAAUGCGCAGAGUGGCAUUCUUGUACCAAGCAUGGAAGAAGUCUUGUCCAUAGAUCUGAGCCGAGUCAGAUGGAUGCUUGUCAUCGAGAAAGAAGCUGCAUACCAAUCGAUCAUCUCGUCUGGAGACUGGCAAGAGAUGAUGUGGCAUGCUGUUAUCGUUACCGGCAAGGGGUACCCAGACAUAGCGACAAGAGCAGUGACUCGCUUCAUGACUACGGCUUCACCUCAGAACGGCUUUGCGGAACCUCCUGUCUUUGGUCUCGUAGACUACGACCCAGACGGCCUAGCGAUCUUGCACACGUACAAGUACGGUUCGAAGAAAGUGUCCGAAGAGAAUGCUGAACUCGUCGUACCGAAUAUACAGUGGAUGGGCCUAUACAGUCAAUCUAUUACAGACGAAGACCACACCCAUCGGAACCAAGGACUAUUGACCUUGACGUUGAGAGAUCGUCACAAAGCGAGAAAGAUGCUCGAGUGGGAGCAGCACGCCAGCUUCGAUGAAGCGGCACAGUGGCGUCGAGAGUUGCAGGUGAUGUUGAUGCUGAAUUUGAAGGCAGAGAUGCAGAUUGUUGACUCUGGUUCGUCUGGCCUGAUGAACAUGAUCAAGAAUGCUGCAUACGAUGUUAGUCCUGUCUGA